AUGGUUUCUGCCAAGAAGGAGAUGGUGACUGCGAUGUAUCCAAGUUGCAUUUCUUCUCUCUUGUACUUACUCUUCGUGACUGCUUGUAUAAAGAGAAUCUCUGGCCAGCCAAAAAAGGAUGAUAAAGUAUAUCCUGAGAAUUUUACCCGGAUUUUAGACCGACUUCUGGAUGGAUACGACAACAGGCUUCGACCUGGAUUUGGGGGUCCGGUGACAGAGGUCAAGACUGACAUAUACGUCACCAGCUUUGGCCCUGUUUCUGAUGUUGAAAUGGAGUACACAAUGGAUGUGUUCUUUCGGCAAACGUGGGUGGACAGGAGGCUGAGGUACGAGGGGCCUAUUGAGAUCCUGAGGCUCAACAACCUCAUGGUGACCAAGGUGUGGACCCCAGACACCUUUUUCAGGAACGGCAAGAGAAGCGUGGCACACAAUAUGACGGCUCCAAACAAGCUCUUCCGCAUCAUGAAGAACGGCACCAUCCUCUACACCAUGAGGCUGACGAUAAGUGCAGAGUGUCCAAUGAAGCUGGUGGAUUUCCCCAUGGACGGCCAUUCUUGUCCCCUUAAAUUCGGAAGCUAUGCAUACCCUAAGACAGAGAUGAUCUACACGUGGACUAAAGGGCCGGAAAACUCCGUGGUGGUGCCUGAGGAGUCCUCCAGUCUCGUCCAGUAUGACCUGAUUGGCCAAAGUGUCUCAAGUGAAACUGUCAAAUCAAUCACGGGUGAAUACGACGUGAUGACAGUGUACUUCCACUUGCGAAGGAAAAUGGGCUACUUCAUGAUUCAGACGUACAUCCCUUGCAUAAUGACAGUGAUCCUCUCCCAAGUGUCCUUCUGGAUAAAUAAGGAAUCCGUUCCCGCGAGAACCGUCUUUGGCAUCACCACGGUACUGACCAUGACCACCCUGAGCAUCAGCGCGCGGCACUCGCUGCCCAAGGUCUCCUACGCCACAGCCAUGGACUGGUUCAUCGCCGUCUGCUUUGCCUUCGUCUUCUCCGCCCUGAUCGAGUUUGCCGCCGUUAACUACUGCGCCAACCUGGAGUUGGAGCGGGCCAAGAGGAAACAGGCCAAGCACUGCCCCAUCCACUCGCCACGGGCACAGGAGGCCAAAGCCAAGGACACCGAGGAGGUUCUGCAGCAAAAUUCCGACACGAACGGCAACCUGAGGAAGCGACUGAACAACUCGUCAUCAGCCAAUUCCGACUCCAAAAGCGACUCCAGGAGAGCUGACUCGGGCAGCAGUGGUGGCAGCGGCGAUGGCGGCGGCAGCGGAACCAACAACAGCACCAUGGCAAGGGGUGGUGUCCGGCAACCGUCCUCUGCCUCGGCAACAUCGGGCAGCCUGUCCACCCUGGGGGUGCUGAACCUGGCCGCCAACUCCAGAAGCACCCCUCCUGCCCCGCCCUCCACCCCCACGGUAGGGGGCCGCGUGGGACCCGGCUCCCAAUCAGGCACCUCCUCCCUGCAGAGCCUUCUGGGGCCUAAGCUGGAGCACAUCCAGAGCAAGAUGGAGGCCAAGCACAACGCCCCUGCCAUCGGGGGCACCAGCAAGAUCGACAAGUACGCGCGCAUCCUCUUCCCAGUAUCCUUUGGGGCGUUCAACAUGGUCUACUGGGUGGUGUACUUGUCGAAGGAUACCAUGGAGUCUCGAAAUGUGUAAAUUCCACCUCGCCUUGUGAAUUUUUUGCAUCUCACUUUUACUCAAUGCUCUCUUGCUCUCUCGUCUUCUUCUGCUGUCUCCAACACAGUCAGUGACAGGGAAAAUAAACAUCUCUGUGUGGAUAUGGACAAAUAUUUCCAUGGAGAGAAAUGAAACAGUAUGUUGGCACGAACAUAAAUAGAAGAAAAAAAGAACACUGAACAAGCAUUGUGGCAGGUUAUCUCAGCAGAAUAUUGUUUUCGCCUGUUUUUCUUUCGUCCUUUGUUUUUUUCUGGAAAUCGACAAGGAAUCCCACAAUACCCUUGCCCCAACAACAAGCAUGUGGAUUUAAUAAGAAGAAAAUAAAUCUGUUCAGUCUUCAGAGAGGAGAUACAGACAAUCUUUUUCUUUGUGAUGAUUGUUUUGGUUUCGUUUCGUUAUUUUUGUUUUUGUUUUUUUAGUGUUUCAGGGAUUGUUUUUUGGCUUAUAUAUAUUUAAAAAAAACAAUGCUGGUUCGUCUAAGGAGUAUCUGCCUGUUUCUAUUCGAUUAGGGGAGCAUCUGCACAUGGACGGAUGCCACAAAGAGACUCGGUAGGAACCGAACACUACUCAUUAAUUCUCUGUGGGCCUGCUUCCUCUACCCAUAGAGCAGCUUGGCCCUUGCUGGCGGGAUAGCCGACAACUCAUUAUCCAUCAACCGUUUUUUUUUCUCUCCUUCUCAUCUCUUGAAUUCAGGUUGGCUUACACACAAGAGUGUAAACAAGCCCCGGUCUCGCCCAGUGGAAGCAUCAUAGUAGUAUAACAGCACUCUGAGUCAUUGGCAGACCUUCAAGGGGUCAAGUAUGGGAUCUUUUGAACCCCAUCCCGCGGUU